ACGUCACCCUUAUGAGCCCUUUAGACAACUUGCCAAACCACCUCUUUAUAGAACUAGGUGAAAAAACAACAUUGUGAAGUAGAAACCGAGUCCCCAAAAACAAAGACAAAAUAAAUAAAGUAACAAAAAUUGAUCACUCAAAAUGUAGUAAAGAAUAAAAAUGGUCCAGGAUUGAGCCAUUCAAUGGUCUUCAAGUUGAAGAAAUCUCAUGCUCAUGAGCUUCUUUGUCCUCCUCAACCCACUUGAAGGUCCAUCAAGACUCGGCCGGAGUCUUCGAGAUUGGUCGGAAACGAGCUGGAGUUUCGAACUUUGGCCUCAAAAGCUAGGCUGAGAAUCUCAAAAACAACCGGAAGUGAGAAAUGCAUACAGCGUAAUUCGAUUGGAAAAUCGAAGAGCCAUAACCGGAAUUCGUCACUUCGACGUCUAAUGGCGGCUGGAAAACUCGAAGACAUCUAGAAAUAAGUUGGAAUUGUCGAACACUUUCCACAUAAUUGAAGAACUCAAAAGAGAAUUGAGGAAAGCAGACACACAUCAAAGUCUGGUCAACUACCAAUUGCUGCAAAACUCGGAAACGAAAAAGAAAAACAAGUAGCAAUUCAGGGUCAUGUGGCCAAGAUUUGCAGCAAGUAAGCCUCCUAGAAGAGCAUAUCGAAACCAUGGGUUUGUCUCAGAUCAAUUGGAAGGUGAGGCCGAUACUGCUGGUAGAAGUCCCGGGCUCUCGAGGAUGGUUUCUGAAACGAUACGGCGAGAUGACAUCUUCAAAGAGAAAUACAGGAUUUUUGUGAGCACAUGGAAUGCAGGAGGUGUAGCUCCACCUGAGGAUCUAAGCCUGGAGGAUUGGUUAGACACAAGCCACAAUCCUUGUGAUAUUUAUGUCUUGGGGUUUCAAGAGAUCGUGCCAUUAAACGCAGGCAACGUUUUCGGCCCCGAAAACGUUAGGGUUUCAUCAAAAUGGAACGCCCUGAUUCGAGCGUCUCUCAACAAAAUUCCGUCCAUAGAUGUCGCCGGAAAAUUACCGGAAAAGGAAAAACCCGGCGAGAAACAGAAGGUCUAUCCAGUGAAGGACCAAGAUUCCGGCUUGUUUUCCGCCGGAAAAGUCGACGGAAAACGGCCAGAAUUUCAGUGCGUGGUGAGCAAACAGAUGGUGGGGAUUUUCAUAACGGUUUGGGUGAGGAGCGAUCUCAGGCGACACGUGAGGAAUGCUAGCGUUUCUUGUGUUGGGUGUGGGAUCAUGGGCAUUUUCGGAAAUAAGGGCUCGGUGUCAGUUCGAUUCCACUUGCACCAAACAAGCUUUUGCUUUGUGUGCACUCAUCUGGCAUCAGGGGGCAAAGAGGGGGAUGAGAUUCACAGGAACUCAGAUGCAUCAGAGAUACUUAGUAGAACAAGCUUCACACCAAGCUCCAAUCCAAAUUUGCCAAAGAAAAUAUUGGAACAUGACCGGAUAGUAUGGCUUGGCGACCUGAAUUACAGAAUAUCGCUGACGGAUUCGGAAACCCGUUUACUAGUGGAGAGAGGAGAUUGGAAGAGCCUACAUGAAAAUGAUCAGCUGAGAGUGGAGAUGGGGGAAGGGAGAGUGUUUGAAGGUUGGAAAGAAGGGAGGAUAGAUUUUGCUCCAACAUACAAAUAUUACCCAUUUUCUGAUAGUUAUUUUGGAUCCAAUAGUAAAAUGGGGGAGAAGAGGAGGGCUCCUGCAUGGUGUGACAGAAUUCUACGGUAUGGAGAGGGGCUCGAGCAGAAAUGUUAUGAGAGAGGAGAGUCAAGGCUCUCUGAUCAUCGACCUGUGCGAGCAACUUUCAUGGCUGAUGUCGAAGUUUCUGGUGGCCGGAAAGCCUUGGAAAGCUUGUUUCUCUCUCUGAGAUAUGAAAGAGUCCCAAGCAUGUAGAAGCAAGCAAAAAGAGAGGGAAGAGGAACCAUACUGACCUGUUGGCUAGAGGUUUUUUUUACACUCUAGAACGAGGUUUUUAUUCUGUGGCGUUUUAUUUUUGUGUGUUGAGAGGCCUAAAUCAAGUGAAGAGGGUGGGCUUUGUGUGUGGUGUUUUUGAUAUUUGAAAGGGGUGAGCUAUUCUUCUAUGCGUCUCUUGUAAUGGGGAUUUGUACAGCAAACAUAGCUCCCCCGUAAGAAACUCCUUCGAGACUAUUUUAAGUGUAUAUUUUGAUUUGAUUUAUAAACGGCUAUUGCACCAAGUCGAAA